AUGUCUCUGCCAUACACACCCCGCUUCGCCUUUUACGACGGCAAGAUCCAACGCGAAUCUUCCACCUCCUCCUUCCAGACCAUUGAUCCCUCCACCGCAAAGCCCAUUGCCAACAUCCACACCACCUCUCAAAGCGCCAUAGACGCUGCCAUCUCGAGCGCCCAAAACGCCUUUCCGGCAUGGUCGGCAACUUCACCCAUGGAGCGCGCACGCAUCCUCCAGAAAGCUGCCUCCAUCCUGCGAGAACGGAAUGACGAGCUAGCCCGCAUUGAGACCAGCGAUACCGGCAAGCCCUUCUCAGAGACAUCCACCGUCGACGUCGUCACAGGCGCCGAUGUGCUCGAAUACUUUGCAAACUUGGUCGGAGGAGGAGGCAUGAAUGGCGAGACGACACAACUGCGACCAGAUGCAUGGGUAUACACGACAAAGAACUCGCUGGGUGUCUGUGCAGGCAUUGGCGCAUGGAACUACCCCAUUCAGAUUGCGCUAUGGAAGUCAGCACCAUGUCUGGCAGCAGGCAAUUGCAUGGUCUACAAGCCUUCUGAAUUCACACCACUGCAUUCCACUGUCCUCGCCGAGAUCUAUGCCGAGGCCGGUGUGCCUGCAGGCGUCUUCAAUGUCGUCCAAGGUGGCGGCGAGGUGGGCGCAUACCUGACCAAGCACCCAGCCAUCGCAAAAGUCAGUUUUACCGGCCAGGUGUCUACGGGUCAAAAGGUCGCCGGCAGCGCUGCGGGAGGGAUGAAGUACGUGACCAUGGAACUAGGUGGAAAAUCCGCCUGUGUCAUCCUCCCAGACGCAGACCUCGAUCAAGCCGUCGACGGCGCCAUGAUGGCCAACUUCUUCUCCACCGGCCAAGUCUGCACCAACGGCACACGAGUUUUCAUCCCCGAAGCCAUGAAGGCCGAGUUCGAGAAGCGACUCGUCGAAAAGAUGCAAUUCAUUCGCCCAGGCGAUCUCGCCGACCCAAAGACCAACUUUGGCCCCCUCGUCUCCGCACCACACUUCGCCAAAGUCAAGCAAUACAUCAGCCAUGGGAUCCACACCGACAAGGCCAAACUGCUCUACGGCGGCCCCGAAACCCCCUCCUGGCUCGCCUCCUUUACCAACAAAGCCUACCGAAACGGCUACUGGGUCCAACCCACCAUCUUCACGGACUGCACCGACAAGAUGAAGAUUGUCCAAGAGGAAAUCUUCGGCCCUGUCAUGUCCAUCCUCACCUACAAGACCAUUGACGAAGUCGUCAAACGCGCCAACAACACCAAUGUCGGCCUUGCAGCCGGAGUCUUCACCAACAACCUCAAUCUCGCGCACAAGGUCAUAGCGCAGCUCGAGGCCGGUAUCACGUGGGUGAAUACGUGGGGCGAGAGCCCUGCGGAGAUGAGCGUGGGUGGAUGGAAGCAGAGCGGGGUUGGCGUCGAGAAUGGGAAGAAGGGACUCGAGGCGUGGGUGAGGAAUAAGAGUACGUUGGUUGAAAUGGGGGGUGUGGUUCCCACUGUGUUUGCGAAGUUGUAA